CCGCCUUCUGAUUGGUGGAUGUAAGCUCCGCCUCUCACGCAGUCCAGCCCAGGGCGGUUACGAGCUGAGGGGACGAACGGGCGGCAUUUCCCCGUGGCGCCUUGUAUUAUCGCUGCUUGGCCACCACCCUCCUCUUUCUCCUUCGCUCGGAGGCCGGGAUCAUGCUGCGGGUCUGUCAACGCGCCGGGAGUACAGCAGCUCAGAAUUGUUUGUGUGGAAGAAGUUCACUCCGUCCAUUGCUUUACCGUGGAUACACAACUUCUGGAGAAUCUGGCAUCUCUGCUGGCAAAAUUGUUGGUGCCAGUGUCUUGUUUGUUGGUGGAGGAGUAGGUGGCACUGUCUUAUAUGCUAACUAUGACCCACACUUCCGAGAAAAUGUGGAGAAGACCAUUCCUUAUUCCAGCAACUUAUUUGAAAUGAUAUUGGGACCUCCUCCGUAUAGUAUUCCAACACCAAAGAAGCCAAUACAGCCAGCUCCACUAAAGAUCUCCUCUGUAGCAGAUGUAAUGAAGGAAUCUAAACAGCCUGUAUCCAAAUCUCCAAAGAGUAAAACAGAAGUUCCUUCAGCAGCUAGCGAAGAAAAAAAAGCAUCUUCUGAAGUAGCGCAGAUAAUCUCGGCAACAGGUGAAGCUGUGUCAGUUCCAGCUCCAGGGAUGCAGGAGACUGAACAAACUAAAAGUCACGUACAUCCUGAAGCUAAAGAACACAGUCACAGCGACAUGAGUGCAGCAAAAGAAAGGUCACCUGAGGAAGUUGCAGCUCGUCUUGCACAACAAGAGAAAGAAGAACAAGAGAGAAUUGCAGCACUUGCAGCAACUUUAGAAAGUGCUCUGAGCAGCACUGCUCGAGUCACUUUGCAAGCAAUUACACUCCAGGAGGCUGCUGUCCAGGCUGUUAAUCUCCACACUCAGAAAGUAAAAGAAGCUAUGGAUAAUUCUGAGAUUCCAAGUGACAGAAAGGCAGCUCAGUGGCGGACACUGGAGGAAACAUUGGAGGGUCGUAGGAAAGCUGUUGAUGAAGCUGCCGAUGUCCUUUUAAAAGCCAAAGAAGAACUGGAGAAAAUGAAAGGAGUGAUAGAUGAUGCCAAGAAGUCUCAGAUUCCUGGGGCCAAACCACAUGUUCUGGCUGCAGAAGACAAUCUUCAUCAUAUGAUAGUUGACUUGGAUACAGUAGUCAAAAAGGUGCAAGCUGCCCAGUCAGAAGCUAAAAUUGUAACUCAAUACCAUGAACUUGUAUCCAAGGCAAGAGAAGAAUUUCGGAAAGAGCUGGAUAGUAUUACUCCCGAAGUUCAGCCUGGAUGGAAAGGGCUAAAGAUAACAGAUUUAGCUGGGCAGUUGACAACAGAUGACUUGAACUCUCUCAUUGCCCAUGCUCAUCGACGCAUAGAUCAGCUCACUAAGGAACUGGUGGAACUGAGAGUUCGAGAACAGCAACACAUUGAAGCUGCCUUGGAAAAACAGAAAAUAGAAGACAAAAAGGCUUUUGAGUCAGCUGUUGUGAAGGCACUAGAACAUCAUAAGCGUGAAGUCCAAAUUGAACAGGAGAAGAAGGUUGAAGAAGCUCAAGCAGUUAUGGAGAGUGAAAUGAGAACUCAGCUCCGCCGGCAAGCUGCUGCACAUGCAGAUCAUCUAAGAGAUGUUCUUAAGAUUCAGGAGCAGGAACUCAAGCUGCAGUUUGACCAGAACUUGUCAGAAAAACUCAGUGAACAGGAAAUGCAAUACAAGCGACUCACUCAGGAACAGCUGGAUAACUUCACUUUGGACAUCAACACAGCAUAUGCCAGGUUGAGAGGAAUUGAGCAGGCAGUUGAAAGCCAUGCCGUUGCUGAGGAAGAAGCCAGGAAGGCCCAUCAGUUAUGGCUAUCAGUUGAAGCUCUAAAGCAGAGCAUGAAUACUGCUUCUGGAGAUGGCCCCACUGAACCUUUGGAGGGUGCAGUAGAAGCCAUCCAGGCAAGUUGUUCCGGCAACGCCUUCACCCAAGCCUUAACGGCAGCACUUCCCCCAGAAUCACUUAGCCGUGGAGUCUAUACAGAAGAGGCACUGAGGGCACGCUUCCACACUGUCCAAAAGCUGGCUAAGAGGGUGGCCUUGAUAGAUGAGACAAGAAACAGCUUAUAUCAGUACUUCUUGUCAUACUUGCAGUCCCUUCUCUUGAUGCAUCCUCAGCAAUUGAAGCCACCUUCUGAGCUUGGCCCUGAAGACCUGGACACAUUUAAAUUGCUUUCUUAUGCAACUUACUGCAUUGAACGGGGAGAUCUGGAGCUGGCAGCUAAAUUUGUCAAUCAGCUGAAAGGAGAAUCCAGGAGAGUGGCUCAGGACUGGCUAAAUGAAGCUCGGAUGACCCUAGAGACGAAACAAGUGGUGGAUAUCCUUACAACUUAUGCCAGUGCUGUGGGGUUGGGGACAACUCAGGUGGACUAAUGUAGGUCAGCUAUGCAAGAUAAUUAUGUCUCCGAGAUGAAUCAAAAUAAAGUGCAAGGUUUAUAGCAGUGCUGGAAUGGAAAUCAGAGACAUUUCCAAAUCCAUACCAGAGUCUUGAUGUUGUUGGACAAGAACUGGUGUUCUGUCUCUUAGUACACUUCUAAAAAUUAGCACUUGUUGCAUUUGUAUGCCCUUUUCCCUUCUUCAGUCAUUUAUCAUGUCUGGAAUGUGGUUUACUAUUUUGGGACUUGCAUAACAAAAUUUAAGCUUCCAGGAAUUACAGAUCAGGCUUGUCAGCCAACCAAAAAUAAUGUUUAUAACCUCUAUUACUGAUUUGCCACUUCGUGCAGUUAAAUAAACAAUGUUUAAAAAAGGG